GCCAUAAAAAAUAUGUGUCUAAAGUUUGAUCUGUUUCCUGGUUGGAGCCUACUGUUCAAGUGAGUUUUCAAGAGCCCACUACAUCUCAGGAACGGAGGUUUCAAUGAAGGACGUCAGCAAAUAAUUUAGAAGUUGCAUGACCAACGAAUAGGAGAAUUGAAAUUUGGCAAUGCUGAAAAAGGGAGAGUGGGUCUGGCUGGAGUCCAGUAUCGGGGUGACCAUCGGAGCCAGGGUCAAGGUGACCAAAACUGGCCAACAGGUGCUAGUCGACGAUGAGGGAAAGGAGCACAGACUGUCCAAGGGUGGGGAGGCCGUCGUCAGGGUCAUGCACCCCACGUCCGUGGAGGGGGUGGAGGACAUGAUCCGUCUGGGGGACCUCAACGAGGCCGGCCUCCUCAGGAACCUGAUGGUCCGCCACAAGCAGGGCAUCAUCUACACCUACACAGGCUCGGUUCUGGUGGCGGUGAACCCGUAUCAGGAGCUGCCGCUGUACACUGCUGACCAGGUGAGGCUGUACCACGGCCGCAGGCUUGGCGAGCUGCCCCCCCACGUGUUCGCCAUCGCCGACACCUGCUACUUCAACAUGCGCCGCUACAAACGCGACCAGUGCUGCAUCGUCAGUGGGGAGUCAGGGGCGGGGAAGACAGAGAGCACCAAGCUGAUGCUCCAGUUCCUGGCUGCAGUGAGUGGACAGCACUCAUGGAUCGAGCAGCAAAUACUGGAGGCCAACCCCAUAUUGGAAGCAUUUGGAAAUGCCAAAACAAUUCGCAAUGACAACUCAAGCCGCUUUGGGAAGUACGUUGAGAUCUUCUUCAACAAAGACGGGGUGAUUGAAGGAGCCCGCAUGGAGCAGUACCUGCUGGAGAAGUCUCGUGUCUGCCAUCAGGCUUCGCAAGAGCGAAACUAUCACAUAUUUUACUGCAUGUUGGCUGGGAUGUCAGCAGAGCCGAAGAAGACACUGUCUUUAGGCAAGGCCACAGAUUUCAAUUUCCUCACAAAGGGUGACUGUAUUGUUUGUGAGGGGCGUGACGACGCCAAAGACUAUGCCCGUAUGCGCUCUGCGAUGAAGAUCCUCACCUUCACAGAGAGCCAGUGUUGGGAGGUCCUCAAGCUCCUGGCUGCCCUCCUCCACCUGGGCAACGUUAACUUCGAAGCCACCUACUUGAACAACAUGGAAAGCAGUGAUAUAAGGAUGUCAGACAACUUUACCAUCGCAGCCAAAUUACUAGAGGUGCAGAGUACAGCUCUGGGAGUGAGUCUGACCCAUCGCUCUUUCUUGACCAAUAGGGAACGGGUGUCCAAAUCCCUCAGCUCUGAACAGGCCUCUGAUUGCAGGGAUGCCUUCGUCAAGGCGAUUUAUGGCAAGCUGUUCAUAUGGAUUGUUGGGAAAAUCAACGAUACUAUCCACAAGAUCCCGACCAACGGUCCUAAAUAUGUCCGCCAAUCCAUUGGCCUACUGGAUAUAUUUGGCUUUGAGAAUUUUAACUCAAACAGCUUUGAGCAGUUGUGCAUUAACUUUGCCAAUGAGCAGCUGCAGCAAUUCUUUGUGAGUCACUUGUUCAAAGAAGAGCAGGAAGAGUAUUUUAAGGAGGACAUUGUCUGGAAGAACAUCUCCUUCACUGACAACCAGCACACUCUGGACCUGCUGGCAGGGAAAUCUCUUAAUUUACUCUCCCUGAUCGACGAGGAGAGCCACUUUCCAAAGGGGACGGAUGCUACCAUGCUGAGCAAGAUGAACACAGUCCAUGGGAAAAGCAACGUCUACCUCUCCUCCAAAAGUGCUCAUGAUGUAGAGUUUGGGAUCAGCCAUUUUGCUGGGGUCGUUUACUACAACUCCAAAGGCUUCUUGGAAAAGAACAGAGAUGCUGUCAGCUCUGACAUCAUCAAGCUCAUAAACACAUCCACCAACAAGCUCCUUCGAAUGAUCUAUGAGACUGAGCUCAAUACAAACGGAGCCAAGUGCUCCAACAACCACAAGGUCGUCCUAACUCCCAAGAGCUCUCUGAGGGCCCAGAGCGACGGCAGGAAACAAGUGACCACGCUGAGCGGCAAGUUCCGCCUGUCCCUCGACGCCCUCAUGAAGGCCCUGUCCGUCUGCCAGCCCUUCUUCAUCCGCUGCUUCAAACCCAACAACGACAAACAAUCAGAGAGCUUUGACCGGGAGCUGUGCAUGCGCCAGCUGCGGUACUCUGGCAUGAUGGACACCAUCAGGAUCCGCAAAUUGGGAUUUCCCAUCCGCCACUCCUUCAAGGACUUCCUGCAGCGCUACAGGGUGCUCCUGAACACCGCUGUCUGUGACCCCAAAACUGAGACUGUGGCAGCCUGCUGUGAUGCCAUCUGCAGGGCUGUCAUCACUGGAGAUGAUGGAUGGAGGAUUGGCAGGACCAAAAUCUUCCUAAAGGAUGCCCACGACUCUUUCCUGGAGCAGGAGAGAGCGCGAGAGUUCAACAGGAAGGCCCUCAUCAUCCAGAGGGUCAUGUUGGGCCACAGGGACAGAAAGAGUUUUGUGAACAAGAGAAGAGCAGCUCUGGUUGUACAGACGUACUGGAGAGCUUACAGAGUGCGGAAAAUCUUCCGCAAGAUUCUACAUGGCUUUGAGCGCCUGAUAUCCAGGAUCCGCAGCCGGAAGACCCAGUUGGAGUUCCAGAAGAAGCAGGAGGCUGCUGUCUCCAUGCAGGCUGGGGUGCGAGGCUACCUGGCCAAGAAGAGCUUCAAACGCCAGCGGCAAGCUGUGACGCUCCUGCAGGCCCACGCCAGAGGCAUGCUAGCCAGGAAGAGGGCCAACAAGAUCCGGACCGACGCCUUCCUCUCCGCCCAGGAGCGCCAGGCUCAGGAGCAGGAAGCCCUGGAGCUGCAGAGAAGGCUUGAGGAGGUUCUCAGCCAAUCCCAGCAGGCAUCUAGCAGCCCUGAGCCUAUGGAUGAACAGGAUAUCGUGGACAACAUGUUCGAGUUCCUACCCAUGGUUGUUACCCAGGCCGACGUGACUGAGAAGGAGGAGAAAAAAGAGGAGGACAAGGACAAGAAGGAGAUCAAGCCAGAGAAGAAGGAGACCAAGCCGGAGAAGACAGUGCCCUUUGUGACCAUCGCGGAGGCCCCAGAGCUGGACCCAGCGCCCGACCCUGGCCCUCAGAAACUGCCUGUGGAGGACUACGAUUCGGAUGACAAAGCAGACGACAAUGACGAUGACGAAUAUUCCUUCUUCAAGUUCAGUGCCAUGCACUUCCAGGGUUCAGCCAGCAACAGCCACAUCACCCAGAGGCUCCGGCAGCCCCUGCUCCACCACGAGGACGAGGGAGAUGCCCUGGCCUGUCUCACGGUGUGGUGGAUCAUCUUGAGGUUCAUGGGCGACCUCCCGGAGCCUAAAAAACUCACCGAGGAGCGCCUCAGCACCGUGACCAGCCCCUUCCCUCAGUAUUCACUAAGGCAGGGAAGGAGGCUCAGCAACUUGGUGGGACUGGACCAGAAAGUACUGAGAAAGAACAGGAGGAAAUCCGAAGCAACCCUAUUGAACAGAAAACAGUCCACCAUUGUUGAAGAGUCAGAAAUAGAGGUGGAUGGAAGCGACAUUCUAGUUGGUGAAGGACCCACUCUAGAUCGACCAAUGUCAUCCUUGGAGCAACUGCACGUAAUCGUUGGCUACGCCAUUUCCAGACCAAAUAUCAGGGAUGAGAUCUACAGUCAGAUCUGCAAGCAGCUGGUUAAAAACAAGAACCAGCGUAGCUGUAUUCGAGGCUGGAUCCUGAUGUCCCUCUGUCUGGGAGUCUUCCCCCCUACCGACCGCCUAUUGAAGUAUCUGGAGGCGUUCAUCCGCUGUGGGCACAAGAGCUACGGGCCGUACUGCGCGGAACGCCUGCGACGCGUCGUGGCCAAUGGGGAGAGAAAAGAACCUACCUGCUAUAUCGAGCUACAGGCAGCCAAAACCAAGCAGGCCGUUCCCAUGUCUGUGUCCCUGAUGGACGGCUCCACCGUCAGCCUGACUGUGGACUCGGCCUGCACGUCUGCAGAGCUGUGUCAGCAAGUAGCCAAGAAGAUCAACCUGAAAGACACCUAUGGGUUCUCCAUCUACAUCGACAUCUAUGACAAGCUGUGGUCCCUGGGCAGCGACGGGAGGCACGUGAUGGACGCCAUCUCUCAGUGCGAGCACGAAGUGAGGAGGAAGGGCGACGAGGGCCAGCCGACCCUGUGGAAGUUGUUCUUCCAGAAGGAGCUGUUCACGCCCUGGCACGACAGCACGUGGGACCUCGUCAGCACCGACAUCAUCUACCGACAGGUCAUCAGGGGCCUCAAGUCGAAAAAGUACAGGUCUGAGAAGGAAGAUGAUUUUGUCCAGCUGGCUGUAAUGCACUACUACGCACAAUUUGGGUCUGAAAACAGCAUUCAGAAUGCCAGAACGGUGGUGGAGGACUGCAUCCCUAUCACCCUGAUAGAAACCAAGUCUCAGACCAAGUGGAUUCAGAUGAUUAACGCUGCACACUUACAGGGUUCAUAUGUGAAGGGAAAGGAGAGCAAAGAGAGAGCUAUGGCGGACGUGGUUGACAGCGCCCGUCAGAAGUGGCCUAUCUACUUCUCAAAGUUCUAUGAAGUCACGAUGAUCUCAGGACCAUCAUUACCCAAGAGCAGCUUUAUCGUGGCCAUCAACUGGAAGGGAAUCUCAUUCCAGGACGACAAAAACAAGCAGCUCUUAGAGCUGACCUACCCUGAAGUGACUGCUGCCAACAUAACAAGUGACAGUAUGACUGGAAGUCAGUGUUUGAGUCUGGAGACAAUGCAGGGGCUCUAUCUCCUGAGCUGUGCCCUGGCGGGGGAGAUGGCUGAGCUGAUCCAGAUGUACCUGGAGGGUCUAAAGGAGCGCUCGGUGUACGCAGUAGCCCUGCAGGAUAUCAACAGACCGGACGACCCCACCUUCCUGAGCUGCAAGCGAGGGGACCUGCUGGUCAUAGUGAAGGAUGGGGAGUACUCCCCUGAGCACGGCUGGAUCAAGGCCACCAAUGAGGGCACGGCCAACACCGGGGCUAUCGCCACCAAUGCCAUCCAGGUGCUGCCAACUCUCACCAAGCCCAACGAGGACACCCUGAAUCGGUUACAUCUAAAUCAAGACCAGAAGAAGACUAAGAACGUUCUGGAGCGAGAAGAGGCAGUGGCGCCCAUCUCACUGAAGGAAUUCUCCUUCGAGUACUUCAGGCAGCCAGGUAAGGAGGUGGGUCGGUCAGGUCAGGUCAGAAGGAAGGAGAAGUUGUGGGCCGUCUCCAGAGAGCCCCUCAAACAGCCUCUGCUGAGGAGCCUGGAAGGCAACUCCGACCUCAGUCACAUGGCCUGCACAGCCUUCAUCGCUAUCCUGAAGUACAUGGGAGACUACCCCAGCAAACACGUACGCAGCGCUGUCGAGCUCACCGACCAGAUCUUUGGGCCGGCCACACAAUAUGUGGAACUUCAAGAUGAGAUCUACUGUCAGAUCAUGAGGCAGAUGACCAACAACAGCAGCAGGUUGAGUACAGACUACGGCUGGCAGCUAAUCUGGCUGUGUACAGGUCUGUUCCCCCCCAGCCAGACCCUGCUGAAACACACCCAGCUGUUCCUGGAGUCCCGCCCGAGAGAACCCCUGGCUGCAGAAUGUCUGCAGAGACUGCAGGCCAUGCUCAGGAUGGAGCCCAGGAAGCUACCCCCACAUCAGGUGGAGGUUGACGCCAUCCGGCAGAACAGCAGCCAGAUCUUCCAUAAAGUGCACUUCCCCAAUGAAUCAGCCGAGCUGUUUGAAGUGGAGUCAACCACAAGGAUUCGAGACCUCUGUCGAACCAUCGCCAGCCAUCUGAGGCUGAGCUCUUCAGACGGUUACGGUCUCUUCAUGAAAACAACAAACAAGGUUGUGGGCUUGACCGAGCAACAGUACUUCUUUGACAGUUUGAGACCAACCACCGAGCAACCAAAGAAAACAAAGAAAUCCAAAGAGGGAACUCCAGCCACAGCACCUUAUCUAGUCAUCUUCAUGAGGAAACUAUGGUUCAACGUCAUCCCAGGAAGGGACCUGAUAGCCGACCUCAACUUCCACUUCCCACAGGAGUUGCCCAAGUACCUGCGAGGCUACCACAAGUGCACCAAGGAGGAUAUGAUCAGCCUGGCUGGGCUGCUGUUCAGGAUCAAAGUGGACAUAGACAAGUCUCAGUUUGUGAUGAUCCCCAGGAUGCUGAAGGAGCUGGUUCCAGCUGACCAGCUGAAGUCCAUGUCCCCCGAGGAGUGGAAGAAGCACAUCGUCUCGUCCUAUAACAAGCAGGCUGGGAUCACCAUGGACGAGGCUAGACUGGCCUUCCUUCGAAUCAUCUCCAGCUGGCCAACCUUUGGUUGUGUUUUCUUCGAAGUGAAGCAAACAUCCGAGCCAAGUUACCCCAGCAUUGUGGUGAUAGCUAUCAGCAAGCAAGGUGUCAACUUCAUAAACCCCCAAACCAAGGAGUUGCUGGUCUUAUAUCCUUUCAACCGCAUAACCAACUGGUCCAGCGGCAACACCUUCUUCCACAUGACGGUCGGUAACCUGGUGAGAGGAAGCACGAUUCUCUGUGAGACUUCACUGGGUUACAAAAUGGACGACCUCUUAACCUCUUAUUUCAACAUGUAUGAGAGUCAGAGGAAGGCUGUGCAGCCCAGGAACCAACUGUUCAAAGCACAGUAUUGACAUCCUUUUAGCAGUUAGCCUUUACAUUGCAUUACUUGCUUUUACAUUCAUAUGAUGUUUGCACUGUGACAUUGCUAAAAAAGGAAAACAAAACUUAAUUCAUUUGGUGAAAUAGACCUGCCAUGGAUAAUAUAUUUUAUAGACAUCCUUGUUAAAAAAUGUAUUUUGGUAUGUGGAUUAUCUCAAAUAUGUGUAGAUGCCUUAAAUAGAUCAUUAUUAAAUUGUUAUAUUUAUAAUGUUACUCUUUUGUUAAUUUUUAUCAUUAUAAAAAAAAGGAGCAAAAAUACAUUGCAUAAUGUAUUUAUAGAAACAAGUACAUA